CAUAGUCAAAAUUUUGUUUUAGAAUUGUGUUUUGUGUGUAGGUAAGUGAUCAUUUUUUGUAUGCCAGUUAGUAAGAAGUUACGUAAGGAGCAGUUGUGCUCAACUUAAAAUGAAUUCUUCUCCACGUGAGCUCAUUAAUGUUCAUCGUCAUGUGUUUAUAUUCUUCAUGUGUCUUGUUGCUGCCUUUGAAAUGACUUUCCUCGAAGAAAGAGAAAAUAUUCUCUCUGCCUCGAAUUUCUCGAAAUCAAAUAUUACAAGCCACCUCCGGAUUUUAUAGUAUAUUUGAUUUUAGUAUUGUAAAGAUAUUUUAAGGAAACUUUUGUUACUAUUCGUAAAAAUAUCUUUGUUUAACAAGCUUUACAUAGGAAUCAACUUGGAGAUACAAGAUCUGAAUUUUUAAUGCCGUAAAUGUGUAUAUAAUUUUGAAGCAUAAAGAAUAUUUAAAUCAACAUUGACCGUACGUUUUAAAAAAAUGUAAGGAAAUUAAUUAUUAUACGGGGUGUCCCAGAACUAGUGUUAGGCCCGAAAAAGGGAAGGAGCUGAGAUGAUUUUAAAUAAUAGUUUCCUUUGUCAAAAUGUCCGAUGCGUGGUUGUUGAGUUAUUAACAAAAACCCUGACCAUUCAGAACAUUCGUAUAGCGGGCGGGCGUGCAUUGCCGCGCUUGUCAUGAGAACAAAGAAUUAAAGACAAGUGUAAAAUUAUGAGAAGUGGGAAAAAAAUUCGUGUUAAACUUACUCCUUCACCGGAAAGUGCAUCUGCUGUUAGAAGAACGUCAGUGGGUCAAUGGGACGACCUUCGGCAUUCGAAGAUAGAAACAUGGCCCGCAGCAGCUGAUGUUUGAAGCAGUUACAAUUAUGAUACCAUAUUCAGCUGUAUUAGUUAAGGUGACAAACGUUUUAACACCUUAUAUUAUGAGAAUAAUGUAUGACACAAAAUAUAAUGAUGAAAGAUUGGAUUUUAUAGCAGAGAAGUUAAUAGCAAAAGAAAUAAUAUUUAAUAAUGAUACUAAUGACAUAGAACCGAAAGUAGGAGAUGCAGUUAUAGUGCAUAGCAAGUUCAAUAAACGAAUCUUCAUUCCUAGUAGACUAUGUAGAGGAUAUAUUAGCAGUAUUAAAGACUCCAGAAAAUUAUACAAUGUUAUGCUGUCUGAUUAUGGCGUUUGCAUUAGAGCACGAAGAGAUGACUUCUUUUUAUGUCCAGAUGAUUUGAUUUCAGAAGAACAUUUUAGCUUUACAGUUGGCCUAUAUAACGUUUUACCUGUUUCUGCUAAAAAUGGUUCAUUGGCAAAUAAUAAAGUUUCAAGUGUUUCAAAAGGCUGGUGUUUGCCAGCAAUUGAAUACACAAGAAACUUAAUCAGUGCAUCUGCAGUGAUCUAUUAUCAUCGUUUGGCAUUUGAUGAACAUGGAAAAUCUUAUGGUGAAUUUUAUCUCACCAUUAAAGAUAGGGUCAUAAGCUUAAGUAAAGCUUUAGUUUCUAAUCAUUACGCUAUUUAUUUGGACGAAGCGUUACAGACUAUAGAAGGUCCUAUGAGUAAUGGAAAACUGGAUGUCGAAAUAUUUAAUGAUGAAACUGAUUUAAGCAAAAUACCCAGUAAUAAUCUUAAGGAAGAAAACAAAAGCAAACCAGUCGUUAGAAAGGAAACACAUUUGCAUCAUGUUUCGCAUAAAUUUGUGGGCCAUGAAGAACACGUCUUUCUUUGUGGAAGGGAAGAUUGCAAAAAGUUAAAUUCUGUUGUAGACGCAGAAUUUCCUACAAGUAUACACAUGACUUGGAACAAAUCAAUGAAAUCAUCUAAGCCUAAAAAAAUGCAAUCAUUCAUUUGGCCUGCUAUAAAGGAAGGCGUGAGUGUGGCCGCAAUUGGACCGCCGAAAUCUGGCAAAACUCUUGGAUAUGCAUUUCCCAUUUCUGGAUGCUUAGCCGCAGAUUCAGAACUACCUCAAGGCUUGAAACCAUCUGCAGUGAUACUGUGUUCUUCAUCUCAGCAAGUGAUUGAAGUUUAUUUCUUAUUUAAAACUUUCCUGGAAAAGUAUAAAAAGAUAAAAAUCGUAACUGCAGUUAACAACAAGUCUUAUAGAUCAAUAGCGGCUGAAAUAUAUAACGGUUGCCAGAUAUUAAUAUCCACACCAUCCGUUCUAGGACGUUUCAUGAAUAACAAUAAAGCUAUGUUGGACUUCAAAUAUCUCCGAUAUUUAGUGUUCGACAGUGCUGAUGUCAUUCUCGAUAAAUAUUUUAAUUCGGUGAGCAGAUUGUUUGCGAAACAUAAUAUUUUGUGUAACAGAGAAUCAGGGAAAUUGCAACUUAUAAUAACUGCUACGAAUUGCACAACACAGUUGAAAAAAUUCAUUUCUGCUCUAAUGAAAGAUCCAUUAAUAUGCAUAACAUCGUGCCUGGAAGCUGCCCUUUUUAAAUCUGUAAGCAUGAAUGUAUGUGUAGUAAACUCGGAGAAAAAAAAUGAAAAACUUUUAGAUCUGCUGGGUAAUAAAUAUUUACAAUCUAGGACUGCAGUAAUUUGUAGAAGUAGUAAAGAAGCAGAAAGUUUACGUAGAUUGUUAUCAAAGCGAGUAGAGACUCUCAUAGCCACUGAGAAUACGAACAUGUUUGGGUUAAAUGAGAUCAAAACAUAUUGGAACGGUUGUGUAAUUGGUUCCUAUCCUCUUUUAGUAUGUACGGACAGUGUUUUAUCAGAUUUAAAUAUUACGAAUGUGACUAAUUUAAUACAUUAUUCAAUUCCUUCGACGUCAAAAACUUCAUUCUGUUUCCGGUUUUCGGUACUUCUCGAUAAUUUACGAACGGAAAGUGGCAUUUGCAAAGUAAAUAUAUUGUUUGACGAGAGUAACGACGUACAAUAUAUAUAUAUUGUAAGAAUGAUGAGACGUGUAAAUAUUACAGUACCUGACAACAUGUUAAAGACAGUCGAGCUUGUGGCUGCUGCUUUAGAAACGAAGAAGAGGAAUCAUCCCAUCUGCAACCAAAUAAAGUAUUGGGGAUUCUGUGACAAACAAAGCUUUUGCGAAUUUAGACAUAAAAUAAUUAAAUGUAUUGACGAUCCGAUUACGGAUAUCCAAAUGGAUGACGAGGUAAAAUUUCGUCUAAUCAACAUUCACAGUCCAAUACACUUUUCAGUGAGGAUUGUAUCGUACAUAAAAAAAGCCACGAAGGAUGAAAUACAAUUUUCUAAUAUUGAAUACAUGCAAAUUACAUUCAAGUUACAAAGAUUCUAUUCUUCCAGUGAGAACAGAAAAACAUGUGAGGUAAUAAAUGUGGGAAGCAUAUAUGGCUUAGAAGAGCCGGUAGGUACUUUCAACAGAGUACAAAUUAUAAGGAUUGCGAAAUAUGAGACUGAAAAUCCAAAAUGCGUAGAUGUAAGGUGUCUUGAUAGCGGACUAUUAUUACAGAACAUACUUGUAUCGAAAUUAUUACAAAUGCCAGAAAAACUUGCGAAUUAUCCUGUGCACACAGUAGAACUGUUUUUAACUGGUAUAAUUCCACCCGAUAACGAAUAUGUUUGGAAUAACCAUUCAUUUGAUUAUGUGUAUCAGUGGUUUAAGGAACAUGUCGACGACGACUCUUACAUAAUCGGAACGGUAAAGCUGCAUCUGGGACAUACGAUGUGGAUGGAAACUUUAAAAGUGGGAACAAAAGUGAUCGGAUAUAAAGAUUUGAUCGGUUCUUCACUGAGAGCAGAAUUAUUACGUCAAAAUCAUGCGGUCGAAAAUACUAAACACAUAAAUCAAUUAUAUAAAAUGUGUAGGGAUGGUGGAUACUCGGAAAUCAAUGGUCGCAACUUAGAUACAUUGCUAAUUGAGGAACGCGUAUGUCCGUAAAUUGCAAUGAAUUCAAUUCCGCAUGCCAAUUCCCAGGGCUGGAAUUUAUUUCUUGCACUUAAUUUUAAGUCAUUUCUAAGUUCCUAUCAAGUCUUAUAUUAAGACACGCAGUAGUAUCCCGAAGGCAAGUUUGAGUCGACUUAUACACAGUUUUUUCCCUAAUGCUUGAUCGAAUAUAUGUGUAUAGUACUUUGUCAGUAGUCCACAUACAAUAGUUUUUUUUAUAUAAAAUUUACUUUUGACGUCUGUAUUAUAUAAGAAAUUAUCGGAGUUAUCUCAAAUAUUCUAAUAGUAUUUAGAAAUACUUGAUGAAUGCAAAUCGGUACCCAUCGUUUCGUUGGAUUUCGGAUGGAUUGGAUGAAUCUAAACAGCGGGGAGUCUGUCUACUAUUCUUUAACAAGGAUUAUGACACUGCUUUUGUUGCUUCCUGACGUCUUAGAGACGUACGGAGCUGGUAUGGAUAGUGCGGAUCCUGCGUUAGAAUCGAAGUGGUAUAAUCAACUUUAUUAUACAGAUAUUCAAUUAUUUCGCCAAAAAUCGUUUCGCGAACGACUUAGCCAUUCCUGGUAUAAAUCACGUUAUUUAAAGCAAUACGACGAUAUUUUUGAAUUUUACUCAGAAUGGACUAUUAAUUCUAAGGCAGACUUGAGUCAAAACUCUUUACAUGAGAAGGAACAAUUAAAUAUUUCGUACGAAAUACAAUAUAAAUCUCGAAAAUAUGAGCAUGAUUUAAACCACUUUCAUUCAUGUACGUAUAUGAUGCUUCAGAAACCGAAAUUCUAAAUAUUCUACUAUGGAUAUACAUAAUAGAUUUGAUGUAUUUCAAUUUUGUUUUUUGGGUCAAAUGUUUCAAUUAAAUUAAUUGAACAUA